AUAUUAUUAAUCAUGAGGUCAUCAAUUCAAAUUCUGAUGUUUCCAAAUAUUGUCUACCCUUAAUCCAGGGAUGUUUCACUAGUAUUAAAAACAAAUAAACAGCAUACAUACCCCGGAAAAGCCAGCCCCAGCCUCAGCUUAGAAAGAAAAUGGCAGGUGCAGCAAGUGCAUUGAUCCCUAUUUUCUUCAUACUUAAUGUCAUCUUCUUCACUUUUGUUUCUUCCGGAUGCGCGCCGUGCCCUCCAACCUGCACGGCUCCUCCAUCAGUGCCGCGCAAAGCUCCAACCGAGGCGGUUAGGUGCCCAAGAGACACCCUGAAAUUUGGGGUUUGUGGUGACUGGCUAGGGUUGGUCCAUGAGGUGGUUGGGGUACCCCCAAGUGCUAAAUGUUGUGCACUUGUAGAGGGCCUGGCUGACCUGGAAGCUGCAUUGUGCCUUUGCACAGCAAUUAAGGGUAAUGUCUUGGGAGUUGUCAAGUAUGACAUACAAGUUGCUGUGAGUUUGGUCAUCAACUCAUGUGGAAAGAAACUCCCCAAAGGCUUUGCUUGUUCUUAAAGGUCAGAUCAGAUCAUAUUCAGUAAGUAUAUAUAUAUAUAUGUUGGUAACUGUAAUGAUCUGGCUGGAUUCUAUGUAUUAAUCAUAUAUAUAUAUAUAUAUAUAUAACCAAUUAAGCAAUUGCAUGAGCACAACCCAAUUUAUUUCAGAAGAUAAAUUUGGAUGUGAAGAUUCCAAUUGAA